AUGGAUACAAUGGGCACAUAAAGACUGCGGCGAUGGGUAUGAGAUUAGGAAGGGUCGUGGAUGCACAUGGUUAGAGCAUAGCACAGGUUGUGGUGACAGGUAGGAGUGUAGAUUAGGGUUUUAUUUUCUCUCUUUUGUUUUAGAGGGGGGGUUCAGUAGGGUCUAGAUAGUGGGUACAGUGAUGUCGUCCGGGUGUAUGAUUUCUUUUGCUUUUUGAUUUUUGUAGGAGUUUGCCAUUCGUUUGUUCAUCAUAGUUGGGCCCCGCGGACCGCGGUCCUUUUCCUCGGGUUUCCCCUUCUGCUGGGCCGCCUCGUCUUUUUCUACUUCAAGUGCCCCCCUUGCUCGAUCUCUUUUACCCCCGCUCUCUCUUCCUCGCUCUCUUUUACCCCCGCUCUCUCUCGCUCGCUCCGUCUCCGUCUACUAUCUGCAAAGCAGGAGCAGCUCUGCUGUGCUGUGCUGAGCUUUGUUCAGCUCACAUUGAGGUCCCGGGUGCCCGAGCCUCAUUUUUGCUAUUUCUAACCUGCAAUCUAUUGUCCACAUAGCUUGUUUCUUGAUGCUGCCAAGGAGACCUCCUACAUGAUGAACUGGAGCUUCUCUAGUUGGAAUACCUGUUUGCUAUAAAUUGGGUCUGCAACUGCAAUCUAUCAUCCAUCCUCAUUUCUUGUUUUUUUGCUUCUGCCAGGGGACCAUAAAACAUUAUGAACUGGGGCUUCUCUAGUUGGAAUACCUGAUUGCUAUAAAUUGGGUCUGCUAACCUGCAAGCUAUCAUCCCCAUUGCUUGUUUCUUGCUGCUGCCCGGGGAACCUCCUACAUGAUGAACUGGAGCUUUUCUAGUUGGAAUACUUGUUUGCUAUAAUUUGGGUCUGUGUUGGAGUAAAUUUUGCUGGUUUUCAAGAAGAGGAAAAUAAAAAAUGGCUUAUAUGUGUGCGGAUAAUGGGAAUUUAAUGGCUAUAGCGCAGCAGUUGGUGCAGCAGCAGCAGCAACUGCAUCACCCUCAGCAUCAUCAGCACCAAGUUUAUGGAAAUCAUCCCAGUAAUUAUUUCGGGACUGGGGGUAGCAACAUGGGAAUGAGCAUGAGUAUGAACCCAUGGAUGGUCGGCCCGGCUUCUGGUGUCGCCUGGCAAGAAGGGAGCUUUGCUUCGGGACUUUGCCCUGAUGUCAUGGGCGAUUUGUGCUCCACCACCACCACUGCCACCGCUGCUACUACAUCCUAUCUGAGCGAGCCUAACUCGGUUCUGGACUUGUCCAGGUCUUCCAUGCUUUUCGCCCCCGUGGAUCACUAUCAUGAGUUUGGGCACCAUUUGCCUGACGGGGGGGUGCAUCUCAAGCACCACCAGCAUAUGUCUCUCAUCGAAACGCCUCCAGGCCCUACUGGCCUGUUUAACCAAGAUGUGCUGGUGAAGAAAGAAAGGCCGCCGGUAAAAGAGAGCGGUGGAGUUUUCAGAUUGCCGGAGUUGCAGACAUUCGGUGGUUUCGAAUCCCCGGUGAACGUUGUUGCCCCUGAUGUCUGCCCGGAGUGGAUGGACUGCCUGAUGACGGACUUGCAGCCGGAUGCGGAGGGCAACAAUACCAACAGUAUUACUUUUGACAGCAAUCCCUGUGAGUCGACGGAGAGCUCCGAGCUACCGAGCGGCGGUUAUCAAGAUGGUUGGCAGAGCGAAUUUGGGGUUCUUGGGGAGGCGUUUGUCUCGGCUAAGCGGCAGCAACGGCCCUUCUGCGACAGUACGACUGCAGAGCUUCUGUGCUCAUCACCCUCUGCAGACCUGCUCUCUGCCGCCUCGUCAGAGCUGCUCUCGUCAUCGAAGCCGAAGGCGGCAGCAUUGCAGGAGCAGUACAGCGGAGCAGCAGCAGUUGCAGGAGGAGGUCACGAGUUCCAGCCUCCGCCCCAUCGGGUGCCCAAUGCGCAGUUGAAACGCGAACCCUCAACAUCGCCUCAGAAAUGGCAGGGGCAGGAUGCUCUCAAGGCGAAAAGAGACGAGGAUUUGAAACCGGAGAGCGAAUUUCUGGAUCAGUAUAAGCAUGGCCUUAGCCCGCAUUUAGUGCAAUCGCUUCUGGAAUGUGCAAAAAUAGUGGACACAGAGCCUGAGAGAGCUGCUCAAUCGAUUGCUCAUUUGCAGACCAUGUUGUUCCCUCAGGGCGAUACUGCGCAGAGAGUGGUGUCUUAUUUUGCCAAUGCUCUCUCCAGACGACUUGCUGAACGCAGCGAGCAAAUGCCCCAGCUCGAUUCCAGCAGCGAAUUUGAGGAAUCCGUGCUUGCAUAUAAGGCUUUGAAUGAUGCAUGCCCCUACUCCAAAUUUGCCCAUUUGACUGCAAAUCAAGCCAUCCUGGAGGCAAUGGACAAAGCAGAAAAAAUCCAUAUAGUCGACUUCGGUAUUGCGCAGGGUAUACAGUGGGCAGCCAUUUUGCAGGCAUUUGCAACCAGACCGGGAAGCAAGCCCCGCAAAAUAAAAAUCACAGGUAUUCCUGCUCCAUCUCUUGGCCCUAACCCCACUGCUUCUCUGCUCGCUACUGGUAAAAGGCUCAAAGAAUUUGCUUCCUUGCUCGAUCUAGACUUCGAAUUCUGUCCAAUUUCUAUUCAAAUAAGCGAGGUGGAAUUAUCCAUGCUAAAAAUCGAGCAAGACGAGUGCGUAGCAGUCAAUUUCAUGUUGCAGUUGUAUAAUCUCCUGGGAGAGUCGUCUGAAACCUUAAUGAAAACACUCAAGUUGGCAUUCGCCUUAUCCCCUAAAGUGGUGACACUAGGGGAAUACGAGGCCAACUUGAAUGGGUGUAGGUUUCAAACUCGAUUCCGCAAUGCUCUGCAUUAUUACUCUGCAUUUUUUGAUUCCAUGGAAUCUAUCAUGGCAAAGGAUUGCCCUGAGCGCCUCAAUGUAGAGAAGCUUUUCUUCGAAGAGAAAAUUACAGGGAUCAUUGCUUACGAGGGAGCAGAGAGGAAAAUGAGAUUAGAAGGAAGAGAUCAGUGGCGUGUGCUUAUGGAAUCGGCUGGAUUUAAGUGCUCUAAUCUAAGUCACUAUGCUAUGAGUCAAGCUCGAAUUCUUCUCUGGAAUUAUUGCGACAGAUAUUCUCUUGUAGAAUCCCCUGGUUUCCUCUCUCUGGCGUGGCAAGAUCGGCCGCUCCUUACUGUUUCUUCAUGGUGUUGUUGCUAGUCUUUCAAAUUUUCACUCUCUUGUACAGUAGCACCAAUUGAUUAUUAUUAACUUAUACAUAGAACAUUUGCAUCUUAUCAAAUUGUGCUUACUGUGUGUACAUGCAUAUGCUCUGUGACUGUAAAUAUUUUGUGAGGAUUUCUAUGUCAUCAUCACCAGCCUGUGAAUAACCUUGUAAUUUUCUCCUCAAGUAUUCCUUUUCUGUAUUGCUUAUGCAUCCCCUGCAAAAACAUCUGGUUGGGCAAACCGGUUAUUGGUUGUUAGCCAGCAUAAGGAAGUCUAUGGGUCCCUACCAUUGCCAGGGGUGCAUGAUUUUGUUUGUAACCCUCGAUAAAUUUCAAGGGUAUCAAAAAAGGGAUUGAGGGAACCUCUCACCUUAUUAUUCUUCCA